GCCAUUUAAAUUCAAUGGUAAGUUAAAGAAUGUCCCCUUAUUGGGGGAACUCUUCCUUCUUUAUUAGUUAGCCUUGUGCAAAUGGUUGAAUCCCCCCGUCCUGUAACAUAUGUUGGUUUAUGUACCUUUUUAUGGUUAGAUCUCUCUUUUGAUUGUCAUGCAGCUUUAAUCUUUUCUGAGAUUUUAUAUCUUUUAGCAGGGUGGAACUAUGGUUUGGACAAAUGAGAAGCAUAGUUCGUAUCUUGAGUUCCUAGAGGCAUCAUUUGUUAAGCAAUUGCAUUAUUCUAUGAGUUUGCGGGGCUGUCACCCGCAAGAGGAAAUGUGGGAGCCAUGUCGAACACAACAACUGCCUGCUGAAGUACAUAAUUCUUGUCAUCAGUUUUCGGGUCUACAAGAUGGCUGCUACCAGAAGAGUAAUGACCCGUUGUUGGACAGCACUGCUGAUUCUAGUGAUAUCUGGGAAAGUCCGUUACAUCGUUUUACAUCUGCUGGCAAAAGCAGCACAGAAACAUUUGCUCUUUCAAGAGAAACCGUGCUUCCUAAUGGUGGAACCUACUUGAGAAGUAACACGACCUUAGGUUGCUGCACCACUGAGGCUUCGGAUCAGAAUUUUGUCGAUGAAGACCAAAGAGAAAAAACCAGCCGUGUCUCGGGGGCAAAACGCUUGAAGAUGACAACAAUGCAUGAUGCUUCAACGGAAGAACUUCACCUGCCUAAAGUCCAGCGUACUAUACUUUCUAAGGAAGAGAUAAGUUUCGACUAAUGAAGCAGAAAGAAAAAGUUUCGACUAAUGAGACAAAUUCGGCAAGUUCUUACCCGGUGCUCGUUUGCAGAGAAAGGCCGGGAGAGAAUGCUGUACAUGUGGGUGGAGAAAACAUGGUGAUUUUGCAGUUAGAAGAUUUGGUAUAGAUU